CGGCCAGCUCACUAUAUGCGUCUCAUGGAGUCUAUAGAAGCUCAUGAGGAACCAGAGAAGGCUAGCCAGCGAGGAGUUGAUGAGGAUUACCCGCGCCGCCUUCGAGAGCCACCGGCGAAGGAAAAUCAUCCGUUGAGCCGUCCAAUGCCAAGUUCUCAAGCGGAAGGAGAACAUCCGUCAAGCCGUCCAUCGCCUGAGCCGACUACACCAGAGGUGCUAAAGGCGUCCGAUCCAACUCAGGUGGAGGCCAAGGAGGUUCGGCUCUCGGACAUUGCACCAAUAACGCUGGAUGAUACCGACGUGCGGACUGUAAGUUUCAUAUAUUCAGAUUGGGGCAUGUCUUCCUGUUAUUUUGCCGUCAAAGCUGAAAAAGAGUGAUGCUAAUUCGCUAAAGGUCGAUGUGGUCAUGAUGCAUAUCAUGGUUCUCUGACCUUGGAUCAAUUUACCCUUCAUUUACAUGAUAUAUUGCUAGGAAAGAGACACUGGGCUCCAUAUUAUCAUUAUCAUAUAUGCUAGACUAGAGGUGGUGGUCACUGGUGAGGUGAAGUGGCAAUUUAUGCAGUAACAUCCCAACUGUAAACUGACUAUGAUGUACUACCUCUGUUUCAACAGAUUUCAGCAAUAGUGCUUCUAUCA